AUGAUGACUUAUUGGCGCAGUUACUUAGGGAGUUUAAUACGAGACGUGGGAAUUAUGGAGAGUUUUACAAGGAAGAUGCGGCUGUCGUGCCUGAUAGCGUCAACCCUCCUCAGCAUAGCGAUGUCCGCCGGCGAGGAGUACCUACCCCCGAGCAAGGGCUACAUUUACAAACCACCCCGAAUCCCCUUCAACACUCCUACGAGACCGCCGCCACCACCGCCGAAGACGACGCCGCAACAGCCCCACCAGUACCUGCCACCAGUCAGCACGUCGCCGCCGUUCGUGCCGAAACCAGUGCCCGUACCGACCCCGGUGCCACACGACAUGCUGUUC